GUGAGAGCUAUUUAUGUAAUAUAUUUUUUGUGUUGUAUGCAGAGACAAGCUCACACUUUCCUGAUCGGCCUCCCCGCUAAAGCGAGGCCUUGCCGGCCUAUAAUAGCAGUUCAUAGUCGUAGCAAGCUCUCGUGGUUAUCUUAAAUAGAUAUGCAACAAAACGAUUAAGUUGUAUGAGAAUUCUGGCAAAACCCUUUACACCAUCCAACGUUGCUGCGCUUAUAUAAGCGAAAACACCUUAUGGCUCAUACCUAGUUAUCAACAGUUAUCAGCCUAUGUCUUCAGGGUUUGUGAUCGCAGAGCCAAAGGGAGAGGACACCGAGACGAGCUCCCUCAGCUCUCUAUUUGCAGAUGACGUGGUUCUCGAUGAUGCAGACGAUUUAGAACCAGCUCCACCCUCAGAUUCUUCCUACCGUCUACCACCCAGGCCGCCGUCUAAAAAGGACUUCUCAACAGUUGUUGCGCACUCUUCGGCUUCCCUCUGCGGUCGCUUGGCGCGGGACCCAUAUGCUCUUAUUGUCACGGAUGACAACAGCAACAGCGAUGGACACCAAUGUCUGCCGGUGGGAGUUAACAAACACCGGCGCUCCGAGGACAAUCCAUCGCCGGGCCUCUCGAAAUCUGUGUCAACAGCGCAGCUCACAGCUGUGGCGGGCUGUCAAGCUCUAGAUUCAAUCGUGACCUCCAACGGAGUCACGCUGGACGGGGCAUCGCCGCAGAGACGAGCAGUCACGCCGCUGCCGGACCCCCACCACAGCUGCAACACCCCGGUUGCCGCACCCCCCUCGCGCUCGCACUCCCCCGCCCUGGCGCACUCCCCAGGCUCCUCCAGCACCCACCUGCACCCCCCCGCCGCCCUCACCCUGCCGCUGCCAGCCUCCCUCGCCGCCGCCUCGGCCACCGCUGCCGGCCUCAUCUCCCCACACGCCCACCCCGGCCUCUCCACUCCCUCCGGGGCCGCCCUGUCGGGGCAGCCGCACCACAUGGGCGGCAGCGGCGGCGGCGUGGGGCCCGGCAGCAGCGGUACGACACCCCUGCCGCCGUACACCCACCAUGCCCGUAGCCUGAGCCUGGGUGUGGGUCUGGGGGGCGAGGAGGAGCUUCAGAGCCUGGGGGCCUAUGUGGCGGCGGAGGCGCGGCCGGCGGAGAAGAUGCCCACACCGGAUGUGGUGUGGGGGCAGACGGAGCGGGAGCGAGUCUACAACUUCCUGCUGCAUGUGCCGUACCAGCUGGAGCGACUUAUCUUCUUCGGCAUGCUGCUGCUCACAGACUCAUUCCUGGGUAUCUUCACGCUGCUCCCACUGCGCUGCGCCGCCGCGCUGCUGCAGCUGCUGCGGGGCGCGCUGGCGCCCCUGCGGCCGCGGAGACACGGGCGGUGGUGGGGCAGCCGCCAACACCACCGCCCCACCAACACUGCCGCCUCAACCGCCCCCGGUGCUGUAGCAGCAGCAGCAGCAGCCGACAGCAGCGCCAGUGCUGCCCCCCCUGCCCCCGCCCCCCGUCUGAGCGGCAGUCAGCUGUACGACAUGCUCUGCCUGGCCAUCCUGUUCGGCGCCACCGCGGUGCUGCGGGCGGUGCGCCCCGGCUCCAUCUACUACUGGCUGAAGGACAUCACCAGCGAGUUCCUCAAGAUGUCGGUGCUGUCCACCGCAUUCGACAUAUCGGACAAGAUCCUGUCCAACUUCGGUAAUGACGUGCUCGCCGCGCUGUCCGGCACCUGCACCCAGGUGCUGGCGGGCAGGAAGCCAGUGGGGCACCUGGCGGCGGAUGCGGCGGUGGCGGCCGUCAUCGUCACACUGCACGCGCUCACACUCAUGUGCCAGGCCCUGAUUGUGGCGGUGGCGCUCAACUCCUCGCGCAACGGGCUGGUGGCGCUGCUGAUCGCCAACAACUUUGUGGAGAUCAAGAGCACGGUGUUCAAGAAGUGGGACAGCACGCGAAUUUGGGCGCUGGUGUGCGCGGACGCCGUGGAGCGGUUCCACCUGCUGGUGGUGCUGUCGUUCGUGGUGGUGGAGGAGAUGGACAGCGCGGGCUCCUGGCGCCCGCCGCCCGACUACCUGCGCGUGUGCGGGCUGAUGCUGCUGGCGGAGCUGGGCAUCGACGUGGUGAAGCAUGCGGUGCUGGGCAAGUUCAACGACGUGCGGCCGGGCAUAUACCGGGAGUUCCACCAGGAGUUGUGCGCCAAGUCGCUGGCCGCGCAGAGCCACUCCUCCCCGCGCCUGCUCAACUUCCACCACCUGGCCACCGCCGCACUGGGGCUGCGCAUCGCACUCACGCUGUUCUGGCUGCGGGUGGAGACGCGCGCGCAGGUGUGGACCCGGGUGCUGCUGGUGGCGCUGCUGUACGGCCUCAUGUGCGGCGCCAAGCUGCUCUUCGGCUACUGCAUAAAGCUGCUGGCAUUCGCGUACACGCGAUACUACGGCAGGAAGUACGGCAGCAAACACAUGUACGGCGUGCGCACGGGCUCCACAUCUCGCGCGGGGGCUGCACCCUCGGCAGCAGCCGGCGGCGGCACAGCGAGCGCGGCGGGGGCGGCUGCCGGGCAGAGUGGGACGUCCGGGGUGUCCGGGUCGGGUCAGGCGCCUCCAGUAACCCAUGCGCCAGGACUAGCCCCCACUGCGUCGGGCCCGGGCUCGGGCUUGUCCGGCCUGGCGAGCCCCGCUUCGGCGCCCGUGCCGCCCCUGCAGCAGCACCACUCGGCCGCCCCGCCCUCCUUCUCGGCGGGAGCGGUGACAGCGGCGGCGGUAUCGCUGGUCCCGAACGCGGCAGGUAGCGGCGGCACGGGGGCGUGUUCGGUGUCGGCCUCAGGCGGGUCGGGGUCGAGUGGCUCGGGUGUGUCUUCUGUGCUGGCGGCUGGUGGCGGCGGCGGUGUGUUGCAGCAGCUGGUCCCGUCCGG